CGACAGUUGAAAUUUUCUAUUCGAACAGAGUGUUUAAGUGACGGUGUCACAGCGUCGUUUAACGUCGUACGCCCCUUGGGAACAAGAAAUAAUACAAAACAAGCAGAAUUUUUUAAGUGAAAUUAAACGAAAGUAGCCUAAACGCCACACAAAAAAAUGAUUAUCUCGUUUUAGAGAAUAAAUUGUCCCCCUCCCUUCAACAAUCUUUAUGAAUUCCAAACAAGAAGUUUUUAUAGUAGGGCCUUCAUCAAACUGCAACAACAACAACAACAGCCGCAUUAACGCUAAUAGUUAUAGUACUCGAAUUAACCACAGAACCGCGUGUGCAAUUUUUAUGAGAGAAAAAAAUCGUUGACAAAAAGCCAAAACCACAGCUUCCUUAUUAUUAUGAAGUUUAAGUGAGAAAAAAGGAAUUCUAAGGAAAAACGCGAAAAUCGGGUUUUUUUGUUGAAAAAGUCGAAAAUAAACAAAAACAACGAACUUUAAGUACAAAAGUCAAGACUAGCGUUAAUAUUUCUUUUGUGAGUUUUGUGCCUUUUUGUGUUUGUUUGCCACGCCACUAAAGUUCCGGCAAGAUGUUUGAUGUCUUUGGCUCCGUGAAGGGGCUGCUUAAGAUCGAUCAGGUCUGCAUCGACAACAAUGUCUUCCGCAUGCAUUACAAAGCGACGGUGAUCAUAUUGAUUGCCUUCUCACUGCUGGUCACCUCACGCCAAUACAUAGGAGAUCCCAUCGAUUGUAUUGUGGACGAGAUUCCUUUGGGAGUGAUGGACACCUAUUGCUGGAUUUAUUCCACUUUUACAGUGCCUGAUCGUUUGACUGGCAUUACCGGCCGCGAUGUGGUCCAGCCUGGAGUGGGCUCCCACGUGGAGGGCGCGGAUGAGAUCAAAUACCACAAAUACUAUCAGUGGGUGUGCUUUGUGCUCUUCUUCCAGGCCAUAUUGUUCUAUGUGCCGCGUUACCUAUGGAAAUCAUGGGAGGGUGGACGCCUCAAAAUGUUGGUCAUGGACCUCAAUAGCCCCAUUGUCAAUGAGGAGUGCAAAACGGAUCGCAAACGCAUUUUGGUGCAGUACUUUACGGACAAUCUGAAUCGCCACAACUUCUAUGCAUUCCGUUUCUUUUUGUGCGAGGCGCUGAACUUCAUCAAUGUCAUAGGGCAAAUCUACUUUGUGGACUUCUUUUUGGAUGGCGAGUUCUCCACCUACGGCAGUGAUGUUUUGAAAUUCACCGAAAUGGAGCCAGAUGAGCGCAUCGAUCCCAUGGCCCGGGUCUUUCCCAAAGUCACCAAAUGUACAUUCCACAAAUAUGGUCCUUCCGGCUCGGUGCAGAAGUUCGAUGGUCUCUGUGUGCUGCCGUUGAAUAUUGUCAAUGAGAAAAUCUAUGUCUUCCUAUGGUUCUGGUUCAUCAUUUUGUCCAUACUUUCGGGCAUUUCACUGGUCUAUCGCAUUGCCGUGGUCAUGGGACCCAAAUUGAGACAUCUUUUGCUGCGUGCCCGUUCCCGCUUGGCCGAUGUGGAAGAUGUUGAGGCCGUGGCCAAGCAAUGCAACAUUGGCGAUUGGUUUUUGCUGUAUCAACUCGGCAAGAACAUUGAUCCUUUGAUCUACAAAGAAGUGAUAGCUGAUCUCUCGCAAGAGAUGGGUGGUAAUUCGAGUCAUACGAAACGCAUGGAGCCAUAAACAUAGAAUAGAAAAAACCACCACCACCACCACCAACGACCACAACAACAAACAACCACCAAGAACUCCAUCACCAUCAAUACCAACCACCACACGAAAUAUAUUUUAUGUGAGCUGCCUUCAGAAUUGCUGCCCCCAAAACGAGUGGUUUAUUCUAUGAAAAUACAACAAAAUGCCAUCAGAACUAUUGGCAACGAUAUGCUAAUGUUAAUAGAAUACUAAAAAAAAUAUUUUUGAUAGCCCGUUUUUUAAGUGACAUUUUCUAAAGGUUUACCAUGGCUAAGGUAAAUGAAAAUCCCAGAAAAGAGACACUGAGUAAAUUACAAAAAUUUUACAAAAAAAAACUCAUAAACAUGCCUACAAACAACUACAACAUAAAGAACCAUACCAUCAUACAAGUAUUGAGGAAGGAUAUCAAUUUGAUAUAAGAAAAAGUGAUGUUAAUUUUGUGUGAAGAAAAAAAAAACAAGAUUUUAUUAAUUUUACAAUAAAACAAUGCAUGAAUGAAA